AUGAAUAAAUUAGAAGAGUAAUCCUAUUUAGUAGAAACUUAAGGAAGAAUUUUCAUAUUUUUUUAAUAAAAAUUAUUAGUAUAUGACUUAAAUACUAAAGUUCAAAGACAAAUAGACGGAUAUGUGGAAGAUAAAGAGUUAAAAAAAGUCCUUGUAUAUAAUUAUUCUUAAGUAACAAUGUUCUAUAUAGCACAUGGAUUUGGAGGAUUUAGUGCAUACAUAUUAUAAGACAAUAACUAAUUUGAGAAAAUGAGUUUAAAUAAGCUUUAUAAUUCAGUUAAAGAAAAUGUAUCAUUUAAUAUCGUAGAUAUAAAUUUUUAUGAUUAUUAAGUUUUACUUGGCGGAGUAAAGACUGUUUUUUUGAAUAUAUAUGCAUUAGAUUAAAAUUCAGGAAUUUAUUUAUUUUAACAAAUUUUUUAAGAUGAAAUUGUUUUGCCCUCUGAAAUUUAUUAAAUCAAAAAAGUUUUCAUCGAAUAAAAAAAUGGGUAAAUAUUCAAUAUGUAUAAAUAAGAAACUUUCAUCGUCGUAGGAUCAUAAUACGGGAAUUUUAUAGCCACGGAAAUUGAAUUUAAUCUUUAAAAUAACGAAUAUUUUAUUAAUAGAUAACAUGAAGUCAGUUAUGAUAUAUAAGAUAUUUUAAUUAAUGAAAAUUAUGCUAUUUUAUGUGGAGCUAAUACACAUACUAUUGUUUGGCAUUCAAUUAAUUCGAAAGUAAUUUAAGAUAUAUAACCAUAUUAAGCAUAUUUUAAUAUUUUCGGUUAUAAUGGAGGAGCUUUCUUUAAAGGUGCUUAUAAUGAAACUGUAGGAAAAUCAGUAGAUUUUUUUGCAGGACUUUAAAGAAGGCAUAUUUUUGUAGUCAAAAUUAUAGAAGAUGAUCCUUAUUUUACUUGUGAUGCUACUGAUUCAAAAAUUAAAAAUCUCAUAGGAGACCAUAAUCUAUUUUUAUAAGCAAAUAAAAAUUGCCCAACAUAAAAAUAACCAAAUUCUAAUUAAUAUUGCAUCGAUAAAUUAAAACUUACACUAAGUGUUUAAAACGUAUAUGCUGAUAGUGAAAAUGCAUUAGAUAUCACAGUUUUUUUUUUUUGUUGUAUAGCAUUAUUAUUAUUAAUUGGAGUUACGAUUUAUCGUUUAUAUAAAAGAAAAUAUGCGCGAAAAACUAAUCUUUUACUUGAAUUUACUAAUUUUAAAAAUUAAUAAAAAGCAUUAAAUAUAUAAAAUUAUGAAUAGUUAU